CCGCUUUCAGUGACGGAACCGCAGCUGACAGCUGGUAAACAGAAGAAGCAGGAAAUAGAAGUCACCAUGCUUUAAAUCACAGUCACAACCCUGUAUGUGAAUCCACAGCCUUUUCUCUUUUCCACUUGUCUGUAACAUGUAUCUCUACAGAGAAUGCCCAAUCCAGUCAUACUCCAUUAAUUAGACAGCCAUGUGGACUUCACUGGAGCUCUGAAUUACAGUCUUGGGCAGUGUGCUGUUGACAGUCACAUCCUAAAUUAAAUCUAUUUAUUCUUUUUCCCAUGCAAGUGGAAUAUAAAUCUACAGUAGUUAACUGUAUUCAGAUGCAUUACACAGUUAACCUGGGCAGCCAAGAUUAUGACGACAAUAAAGUGGAACUGGUUUCUUGAAAGAGACCAAACACUUUAGGAAUGGAGGGCCCUGGCAGAAGACUUCAACCUCUCAAAUUAGCUUCCUUAACCAAAGAAAUUAUAUUGCACUUAUAAAUAAAAAAAGACCAUCCUAUCUGCUACAAACAGCAUGAAGCUCUCGUGUUGAUAUUUAGUAAGCAGGCUGAGUGCCCCUUUUUACAAAAAAGGGGAGGCUGAUUUGAAACUUCAGCUAUCUGUCAGCCACGUUUGUUUCCCUUGCGGCAUAUACAUUUAUUCAGACUGAGGCCCCAGCUGGUUUCAGUUGGCUGCUACGAAACCGUUUGAAAUGGAUGGGCUAGAAGUAGAGGAUAUCAGCCCGGCGUUGGAGGUCACUGAAGACUUCCUCCACUGUAUUGACUGCCCUGUAGAGAACGGACGGCAACAGCAGCAGCAGCAGCAGCAUGAUAAUUGCAGCAUACAGGAGGUGCCUGAGCUUACUGGGCAGAAGGGCUUCAUCAGCAAGCCUGGGACGACUCACGCAGUCGAGCUCCGAAACAGUUCCCUCAGGAGCCACGGCGGCACUUUCUGGGGCUUGCUGAGCAAGGAGCAGCUGAAUCAGGGCCGCGAUGCAGCCACCAACAACCUGGAGUGGGCAGAGAAGAAAGAGCUGCCCUCCUUCAACAUCUUCAGCAUGUGUCAGGGCAGAAGGAGCAGGAGCAGGGCCCGUUCCACCAACGACCUGGCGGGCCAGGCCAAAGAAUCGGCAGCCUUCAGACGUGGGCACAACCGUUCGAGGUCCGACGCAAAUUACAAGUCUGUCCCUGAAAACGGAGCCCCCUCCCUGGAGAGGAAUCAGGCUGCCGUCAGUGACCUGCAAAGGAAAGAAGCUUUUCCAAACAUUCUGAAGAAGGGAUACCUGGAGCAAAGGGAAGGCGUGGGCAGCCGCUGGAGCAGCUGUUACAUCGAGCUGUCCCCGUGCGAGCUGCGCAUCUACAACCUGGACAGCAGCGGGAACCAGCAACUCUGCACUGCGUACUCCCUGUCCCACUGCCACAGCGUCGUGGCCACCGACAACCAGGACGCCAAAAUAGUGGACGCCGUCUUCUUCAACAACAUCCGGCUCCAGCUUAGAGCCCAGUCCCGGUGGGAAGCUCUCGAAUGGGAGCAGAAGCUUUUGGAACGAAUCUUGGCAGUGCGGCCAGCUCCACAGGAGGAUAAACCGACCGCCCAGGCUCCCCAACAGCUGAGCAGGCCCACGGCCCUGCCCCUGUUCACACAGCACUGCCAGGAUGUCUUGAAGACCGGGGUGCUGUAUCAGCUGACGAACCAGAACAACUGGCAGGCCUUCACCUUUGUACUGAGUAAGAGCCACCUGGUGGCCUUCCCCACGGAGGGGAGAGGGCCUGUGUCAGACCCCCUCUUCCGGUAUAGCAUCGGGACAUGCAUGGCGGUGCAGCGAGAUGAGAGCGGCGGCUGCGUGUCCCGGUUCCAGGUCAUCUUCCCGGAAGAGGGUCUGUGUCUCCGAGCAGAAAGCGAAAACAAGACCCUGGACUGGGCAGAAGCCAUCAGGGUGGCUGCAGCGUCGCAGAGGGCUUCUGGGCAGCCCUCUCAUGUCACCCUCCGGGGGAAGCCUGCCAAGAACUCGCAGAGGAGCAAGAGGCAGUCCGUGACCAGCAGCUUCCUAGGCAUCCUCACCACCCUCGCUGUGGAGAAGGGACUCACAGCCCAGAGCUUCAGGUGUGCAGGUUGUCAGAGGCCCGUGGGACUCUCUCAUGGAAGAGCCAAGGUGUGUUGCUACAGCGGCUUGUAUUACUGUCAGAGCUGCCACGAAGACGACGUCUUUCUCAUCCCUGCCAGGCUCGUCCACAACUGGGACACAAGAAAGCACAAGGUGUCCAAGCAGGCCAAGGAGUUCCUGGAGUUUGUGUUGGAGGAGCCCCUGAUCGAUAUUCAGCUGCAGAACCCCUGCCUGUACGCUCACGUAGACUCGCUAGCGGCUGCCCUGCGCCUCAGACAGCAGCUCAAGUCCCUCCGAGCAUACCUGUUCAGCUGCAGGGCUGGCGUGGCUGAGGACCUUCGAAGGAGGAUUUUCCCUAGAGAAUACCUUCUUCAGCACAUCCACCUCUACUCUCUGUCUGAUCUGCAGCAGGCUAUUGAAGGCAAGCUGUCUCCUUUCCUCUCGAAGGUUAUUAAGUUCGCCAGCUCCCACGUCUACAGCUGCAGCCUGUGCAGCCAGAAAGGCUUCAUCUGUGAGAUUUGCCAAAAUGGACAAGUCAUUUACCCCUUCCAGGACACGGCUACCAAGCGCUGUGAGGGCUGUGGAGCUGUCUUCCACGCCGAGUGCCGCUUGAAGGCUCAGCCCUGCCCCCGGUGUGUGCGCAGGGAGAUGCACAAGAAACCCCGCUCCUUCUGGAGGAAGCUGAACUUGGACGAGAGCGCAGAGGACUCCUGGAACAACUUCGAGAUGCCUUUCCAGAGCACCUGAAGAGAGGGCCCUGCGUGAGACGGGCCCCCGCAACCAGCCAGCAAGGGAAGGACCCGCCUCUGAGCCCCCAGUUCUACAAGGGAAGUGGGAAUGUUAGGGAAUAUCAUGUUUGAAAUGUAGCUGUACAUUCCCGAACAAACAUGAAUCUAAAAAAUUCAAAGUUCAAAAUUCACAGAAAUGACUGGACGGUGUUUUAGGUUAGCAGGAUACAUUCUUCUAUCAUUUAAGUGCUUUAUAGUUUCCACUGUGACAAAUCAGCAGAAUUUAAUUAGAGGAGUACUGCAAGUGUGACGCCAAGUGAACCUUCACUGAAAAGAUACAAUGCAGGAGAAUAACUGUCAGCAUGUGUAACAUGACUACCAUGCUGGAUAUUCCCUUUGUAGACCUCUGGGAAGAGCGAGUCAGAACCUGCUCAAAUUCACCAGUUUGUCAUAUCACUGAUGGUUUACUUCUAUAACAACCAAUAGCCAGUGCUGAAGCCCUGCCAGCCUUGUUAAUAAACAUGUCCUCUCUGUUAGCCUGGUCCCUAGUAGCAGCCUCCGCAUGGAGAGAGAUGCAUUGCCCUUCCUCCCCUUUGGGGCCAGCGUGGCCUGUACCCAAUACCAAACAGAAAAAGUACUUGACUCAAAGUGUACCCUGUACCUAACCACAGCCACAGAAUCCUGAAAUUACCCUGUACCUAACCACAGCCACAGAAUCCUGAAAUUACACUGUACUUAACCACAGACACAGAAUCCUGAAAUUACACUGUACCUAACCACAGCCACAAUCAUGAAAUUACCCUGUACCUAACCACAGCCACAGAAUCCUGAAAUUACACUGUACCUAACCACAGCCACAGAAUCCUGAAAUUACACUGUACCUAACCACAGCCACAGAAUCCUGAAAUUACACUGUACCUAACCACAGCCACAGAAUCAUGAAAUUACCCUGUACCUAACCACAGCCACAGAAUCCUGAAAUUACACUGUACCUAACCACAGCCACAGAAUCCUGAAAUUACACUGUACCUAACCACAGCCACAAUCAUGAAAUUACCCUGUACCUAACCACAGCCACAGAAUCCUGAAAUUACACUGUACCUAACCACAGCCACAGAAUCCUGAAAUUACACUGUACCUAACCACAGCCACAGAAUCAUGAAAUUACCCUGUACCUAACCACAGCCACAGAAUCCUGAAAUUACACUGUACCUAACCACAGCCACAGAAUCCUGAAAUUACACUGUACCAAAC